CGAGAGCUUCUUUUACCCAGCCAGAGGAACUUGUUGUAUCUUUGUCAAACCGCAGCAAUGGCGCAGUCUCUCAGAGCCAGUACACGUCUCUUUGCUCGGAUGAGCUCUAGAACGCUGCCAGCUUCUCGCCGAAGCUUUGUAGCCGCCCCGGUCUCAAAGAUGCCGGACUUGAUUCAAGAUAUGUACCUGAAAGAGUUACGAGCGUACAAGCCUCCACCACAGAAAGCCUCCGACGCCGAGGGACACGUUCAAAAAUUCUCACCUCCUGCUGUGCCCAAGUCACCAGAAGAGACCAACCUGGCAAGUGAAAUGAAGGAAUACGAGGAUCAGGUUGUGGAGAUCGAAGGACAAGCUGCGGCAGGAGAGACACAACCCGAAGAGGACUUUUUCGAGGACAUUGAAGAGGAGGAUGAACCAGCACACCAUUGAUAUCGGCGGGAAGAACUUAGAUGAAAUGGGUUGUACAAUCAGUCAGAACAUGACAUAAAACAUUUGGUGCUUCUCGGUUUUUCAAGGGAGUGAUCAAUUCAGUUCUCUUGCAUUAACGGCUGCAGACACCACGCAGAAUCCCUCCCGCCUUGUCCACCGCGUUUGCGCCAGAAUUUCAUUUCCAGAAUCUUGAAAGUGAGCCCGAGCUUCGGAAGGAUUCCCCAACGUGCAAAAACAGGUUGAGAAGGGAAAUGGGCACUCUCCUUUGAGGACGAUUUGUGCUAUGCCAAUCCUGUCUCCCGGCCUCUCAGACUGACUCCAUCUCUGUUAUGCUGCGUUGGGGCCUGAUUGAGCAGCGAAACAAGGCCGUAACUGUGAAGAGGAUACUUUCCAGCAGCUACCGAGGACGAGAAUUUUGCCGUGAUAUGCCAUGUCCACCAUGCAUUGCCAAGGUCCGCAGGGUGAAUGAUUGCCAGCAUAGUAUCCAUAUUCCUCUCAUCCUCCGCUCCCAGCAUUCAAUCACAUUCAUGUCCGCCGGCCAUGAUCUGAGGAAUCCAUACUGUUGUACCCCACAAAAUCUGACACUCCAGAGUCAAGACCACUCACAGAAGGUACCGGGUGCAGUAGCGGCCGGGAAAGACUGCCUGAUAUCUACGUAAUCCUCCUCGGGGACGAUAAGGUAGACCGAU